AUGGCCUCCAAACAAGAUCUUCAGCUCGAAAGUACCCGACGCAACAAGCGACUCAAGGUUGUGAGUGCCUGUGGCGAAUGCCGGCGGAAGAAGAUUAAAUGCAACGGCGAGAAGCCUUGUACCAGCUGUGCAAAGACGAACAUGGAGUGCGACUACUCGCGUUCACUCAAACCAAAACCACCGACCGGGACACCUCUGCUGGAACGGAAGAAGUCCGUCAGUCCAUCUACAUCGACGACUGGAACCACACCAAUCCAUGCAAUCGAAAGUCGCUUAACAAUGAUCGAGGACGUGUUGCGCGCUUUGCUGGCCUCAUCCUCCACUUCACCUUCUUUGUCUUUGUCCGAGAAGGACACACCCUUGUCACCCUCCAUGAGUGAAAACUCCGACCCGUCUGCCGACAGAACACUACCCACUUUCGGAUCGAGGGAACGGGAUCCUGCCUCCCAUAAAUACCUUCAUUCCGGCCCGCCGUCCUGCAGCACCGUGUACAACACCCGUCCCGUUCACCCCACCAGGGACAAGCGCCAGCGGCAUGAAUGCGAUCUAUCCUACACACACUUUGCACAAGACGAUCAUUUUGUACGGCUUCCACCCCUCCACAGACCCCAACCCCCUCUCUCCGCCUCUUCCUCCUCUUCCUCCUCUUCCUCCUUCUUUCCCUCCCCAAAGUUAUCAGCAAUCCGAACCCUCCUUAAUGACACCGACCAGAAACAACAACUUCCCUCAGUAAACGCUCCUCCCCUCGCAUCUCUCUUCUAA